AUGGUCGGUCUUAUAAAAUGCAUUUUUAUUGAAGGAGUUUGGCCAUUCCUAAAAGCUGAGAUCAAUGAUGAUGAUAUUGUUACUUUUCAACAUUCAGAACCGAUAGAUUUCGAACCCACCAAUAAUAUGGUAACUCUUGGUAUACAAACGCUUUAUUCAUUACUUAACACCUCCAUUGACAAGGUGGAUAGUAUUGGAUUUUAUCCAUCAACAGCAAUCACUUUAACUUCCUUCCUUUCCGAAGGUUAUACUUCUUUGGUUUUUGAAAUACCUGAUGGAAGGGUUGCUAAAAUAUGUAAAACGCUUGAUUAUACCAUCUUGUUUGAAAACGAAUAUCAAACUUUGAAUACUCUCAAAAAUUAUAAUAUUGAUAUCCCUCUAGUAGAAAAACAAUCUGAAGGAGUUUUACAAAUGGAAAAUUUUAAUCGCAUAGAAGAUACAGAACCCCCAACCAAACAAGAAUGUAUGGAUUUAAUAGACUUAUUGCAGAAGGUUCAUUCAAGGGGGUAUUUGCCACAGAGAUAUUAG